AUGACAGAUCUCAUUAAGCAGCUACCAACCCACGACGGCACUGGCACUUUCUCCAACGGCGACGACCUCGACCUGUGCAGUUUCACACCCACCUCAUUUGAUUCAUCCCUCCCUUCCAAUUUGUCCGGCGAUUUGUUUGAUUUCUUUACAGACGACAGUGAUAAGUCACCUCAGUCUAAGCUUGUCAGUGACGUUGUAAGCAGACGUAGAAAAUCUUCAGCUGCGUCGUUGUGCUCUAGUUGCCAGCAGCAUCAAUCUCAACUCAGCUCCUCGAUAUUCGCUCAGAGUGCAGGUUUAUACAAGAAAACAAGUGUUGACUGCACUCACAUCGAACCACCCCAGUCGAGCAUCGUAUCUUAUCUCGCAUCUUACCUAGUUCUCACUCUUAAAUCACUACACCUGAUAUAG